AAAUCCGACUACGAAAAUUUCAAAAAGGUAUUCGACGUGAAUGUCUUCGGCGCGUUAAUGUGUGCCAAACACGCUGCACGUGUGAUGAUUCCGAUCAAAAAAGGUGUCAUUAUUUUCACCUCGAGUGUCGCGUCGGUCACCUAUGGUGACGUGGCGCACACUUAUUUGGCCUCGAAGCACGCGAUAGUGGGCCUAGCCAAGAAUUUGGGGGUUGAAUUAGGACAACAUGGAAUUAGAGUGAAUUGUGUUUCACCAUUUGGUGUUGUAACACCAAUGUUGAUGAAUGGUCUUGGAAUUAAUGAGAAAAAUAAGGCUGAAGAAUUUGUAUGUCAAAUUGCAAACCUUAAAGGGACAACUUUGGAGGCUAAGGAUGUUGCACAAACAACAUUGUACCUUGCUAGUGAUGAAUCAAAGUACGUAAGUGGUAUGAAUAUUGUAAUUGAUGGUGGAUAUAGUACUACAAAUAUUGCUCUUAAACAAGGUAUUAAGAAGAUGGCAAUCUUGAAUGAGUAAUUUUUUGAGAAAAAAGUUCGAAAUAUACCCAAAUUUUAGUGAAAUUUGCUGUAAUACGUCUUAAUUUUGCGGCGGUCCUAUGACCUCCUUAGACUGUUUAUUGACGUAUUUUUGUGACAUAUACUUGUCAGCUGAACCAUUGCUUGAGUAUACGCACACUGAACGUGUGGGGAUGUAAAGUGGUCCAGCUAAAUAAAUAUAUGCCACAGAAAUAUGGUAAUAAAUAAUCUAGGAGGGUCAUAAGACCGCCCCAAAAUUAUGACGUGUUACAACAAAUUUCACUAAAAUUUAGGUAUAUUUGGACCUUUUUCCCUAAUUUUUUUCCUUUUUAGAUCAAAAGUUUGUUUAUUAUGGGUAAGUUGUAUCCUUUGAAUAAACCUUUAUUUACCUAUG